AUGAGCAUAUACCACUUUUAUAAUAAUGCUAUACCAAGUACAUCAAUAAGAACAGCCAUUUGCACAAACAUAAAAGGAAACAAGAAAAAGUAUUUGUUGUAUGCAUGUAACAACUAUUUGAAUGUGUGUUGUGUAGAUAAGGAUGGGUUCACAGAUGAUUUUAGUAAACAUGUCGUCUUUUCCGAAGUGCUAGAAUUACGUGAGUACUUACCAGAAAAAUUAACAGAUAGAGAUAAAAAAGAAAAUAUAAAAUCAUAUGUAUUUUUAUUAACAAGGAAAUAUAAUUUAUUACUUUUAGAAUUCGAUAUAAAGUUAAAUGAUUUUGUGACGUUGUCCCAAAUAAAUUUACAUGAAUUAAAUGGCAUGCACAUUGAAGAAGAUAUUACAUUUCUACUGGACGAAAGACAACGUACAGUUUUGUUUUACGGAUAUAAAAAUAUUCUUAAGUAUAUUUAUUUAGAUUAUGACGAUUAUUUUAAUUUAAGUCGGUUAUAUACCUUGAGAUUAGAUGAAGGCCUCAUCAUAGACAUGAUAUUUGUGAACAGCUACUCCGAUGGUUACCACGAUGUUGGAAUUAAUGAAGGGGAUGACGAUGAGGAGGACGAUUACCUAGAUAAUAGCGACCACGGUAAUAAAGACGAAUCUAUUAACGGCUGUAAUUAUGAACGUAAUGACGAUCCUAAUAACCACUUUAGUAAUGACCACGUCAGUAAUGCUCGCAGUAAGGAAGAGGGAGAUAGAGGGAGGGGGAGAAGAAAUAGUCAUAAGGGAAGAAACAACACAGAUGAAUAUUAUUCAAAGCACAAUUCGAAAGAGUGUGAUUACAUAAAAAAGAAAAAAAAAAAAAAAAAAAAAUUAUUAACACGUUCAGCUAAUUUGCAUAUGGAAAAUAUGACCAAAAAUGGAAGCAACAAGAGGGGUUGCAUAAACGGCGGUUCUGUAUCGUCAACUACUGUUAACAAUAAUAAGAAAACACAUGUUGAUGAAAAUAGUAGCAAUGGUGCAAGUAACAGCAUUAAUUAUGAUUACUGCCCCGGUGAUAAAAACAAUAAUCAUAUUAAAUUAACUAAAUAUAAUGCAUAUGUAACAAAAGAAGAGAAAAAGGAAGAAAUAAAUUUAAAAAAAAGUGAAAUAGAUGUAAAAAAAGAAUAUACUGAAUGUACAUCUACAAUAGAAAAACCUAAAAAUCUUUUUUCAUCAGAUGAGGAUAAAGAAGGAGAUAAGAGUUUCACUAAAAACAAUUAUAUUGAUGAGUGUAGAACUGAUCGCUAUAAUAACAAUAACAAUGGUAAGUGUAACGAUGAUGUUGAUAGCUUUGAUAGAAUCCUUAGAAUUCAUGAUUCCCACUCCAAGGGGAAAAGAUAUAGAAGAAGCAUAAGUUCUACUAUUUGUAUAUUAUACGAUGCAAAAAAAAAAGAAUCCUAUACAUAUGAACGGUACAUAAGACUUAUCCCUUUGUACUCCCUAAGCGAUAAGAGGGACAUAAUCGAGUUCAGUGGAGGUUACGUGGCUAUGCACCCUAACAAAAUAGGAAAUCAUCUCGUUAGCGGUGCUAGCGGCAUUGACAGUGUUAGUGGUGUUAAGGACAUAUGCUCCAACGUCUAUGGAAUUAAUAAUGGCACGUCGACACAAUUGCACGCUCGUGGGAUGAAUGAAGACAAACCCAAGAUCCUUCAGACGUACUAUAAGCCCCUUAUAGUCGACUCAAGCAUAAACAAGCUUCUGUGCUUUGCAAAGAACAGAAUAUUACUUAUAGGUUUUCAAUUUAUUAACUAUAUAGAUCUAGAAAGUGAUAAAGACAAAAAUUUCUUUUUAAGCUCAGAGUUAAGAACAAUUAGAUGUAUAGAAAACCUAAAUGGAAAUAAAUUCAUUUUAGCAGAUGAUUAUGGUGAUCUGUAUAUAUUAACAUGUUUAUGUAAAUCUGAACCAACAUCGUAUAGGUUAACAAAUGAAAAUUAUAAGGACACUUGUAGAAAUAUUAACUCAAUUAAUCUACAGUUUAUAGGUACAUGUUCAAGGUCGAAUGUUAUUGUGUCUAUUUUUUCAGAUAUUAUAUUUUUAGGAUCCCAAGUUAGUGAUAGUUACUUACUACGUAUGCAUAACUAUCCUAUAUAUGAAUGUGAAGACUAUGCACCAGUAGAAGCAUCUUCCUAUUUUACUUUAAACAAUUCAAACCUUCUCCCUAAUGAAAAAUACAGUGGACAUAUAAUUGCUGAUACGUCUAAUGAGAUUAAUAGCAAGGAUUCGUUUUAUCCCUUUCAUCAUGAAGGAAGGGGUGGGGAGAUGUGUACUGUCGGUGGUGUUCCUGGUUACACUCAUCGCCAUGUUGAAAAAGACGAGGAUGUCUAUGUAGGGGAAGAUGAAGAACAAGACAAGUGUGCUAGUAAUUCCAUGUAUGUCGCUAACUUCAAUAACAUCCGUAACACCUGUUAUAAUGAAGAUAACCCGAGUGAGAGUCGCAUGGUCGGAGCUGACUCGUUCAGAAAUAUCCAGGAUAACAUUAAUGACGGUAUCAAUUGCAAAAAUAUAUUCGGUCGAACUAGUAUAAAAAACCACAGCAGAGAUGUCGUUAUGCAGGCUAACUACAGUUACAGGAACGUAAAUGCAGAGAAGAGAGACACACGCAGAUUUAAUCACUGCUGUUUUGAAGAUAAUAAUUAUAAUAUGAAAGGAAAUCAAAAUGAUGUAGGUAUGACUUCUGACAAACAUGACUUUUAUAAUUUAUGGCAUACGAAAGAAGGUCUCAUGAUAGAAAAUAAAGCACAGGUAAGGGGAUAUCCAAGCGGAACGUAUGCGCAUAAUAUGGGAAGAAAUAAAAAGAGAAAAAAAAGAAAAAAAAAAAAGAAAAGAAAGAAAAAAAAGAAGAAAAGUGGGAGCGAAGUUGGAAGUGCAGGUAAAAGUGGAAAUGAAAUUGGAAGUGAAUGCGGGAGUGAAAGUGUAAGCGAAAGUGGAAGCGAAAGUGGAAGCAAAAGUGGAAGCAAAAGUGGAAGCAAAAGUGGAAGCAAAAGUGGAUGCGAAAGUGGAAGCGAAAGUGGAAGCGAAAGUGGAAGCGAAAGUGCAAACAAAAGUGGAAACGAAGGUGAUAGCGAGAGUGGAAGUAAGAACGAAGGGAAGAGAAACAAAUUUUAUAUCGAGAUCCUUUCGGUUAUUCAAAAUAUGGGUCCGAUCUUAGACUUUUGUGUAAUCAAAAAUAAACAUGAUGAAAAGGAAAUAAUAACAUGUAAUAGUUAUGGAAGAACUGGAUGUAUAUCUAUUAUUCGGAAUGGAUUAAAAACAAAUAUUAUUUCGAAGUUAAGUUUAAAUAGAAUUACAAAUUUAUUUGUUGUAAAAUAUGUAAUACAUCUAAAAAAGAAAAAUAAUCAAACAAGAGCAGCAAAUACCAAAAUGAAUGAUGUUAAAUGUAAAAGGGAAAAAAAUGAAAAUACAUCCGAUGUUUUUCCAACUCUAAAUGAUGAACAUAGUGAAAAUUAUUUUAUAAAAAAAGAAGAAAUACAAUAUUUAGAUAACGCAUACAAUGGUGCUGAGAAAGAGGGGGAAAAAGUGGAAGAAGCAGGAGAAGAGAUAGAAGAACCGAUAGACAUUGAAGCGUUUGUAUACCUAGAUGGUAAGAAAAAUGUACAAAUCAAAGACAUCAAUUUGUGCUUUCUAAAUAAGUAUUAUUUUGAAAAUAAAAGAGAAAUUAACGUGUUGAAAUACGCAAAUUUUAUUUAUUUUCAUGUGUUCAUUAUAUGUAUAACGUACGGUUUUCGAACGAGGAUCAUCGGCGUGUGCAACGAUAGAGAAAGGAAACAAAGGAAACAUUACAAAAGGGGAAAAAAUAAAAAAGGGGAAGCAGACAUAGGCACAGUUAGAGGUGUACGAAAUCAUGUCCGGGUAGACACAGAAAGAGCUUGUGGAACGAAGAAUACACAGCGUGUUAAUUUCUCAACCCCAUAUGAAGAGGGCUGUCAAACGAAUGAACACUACUUCACCAAAUCACAUAGAAAAAAUAGCAAACACAAUAAAAUAUUUCUGUGCGAAUAUGAAAACACAGAUAUAGAUUUAAGGAACAACACGAUAUACUUUAACGUGUUGAACAAUUUUCCUUAUCUUGUGCAGGUAACUAAUCAAAGCGUUAUACUACUGUGUUGUUUGUCAUUAAAAAAGGUGCAUGCUUUAACAUUUAAUUUUAUUUAUAAAUUCUGUUUAUAUAAAGAUUAUUUCUAUAUAUACUGCAAUAACAGUAUUAAGGUAUAUGCAGUUACUGAAAAAUCUCUCAUCUUUUUGUAUGAAUAUGAAUUAAGAGAAACAAUUACAUCCAUGGUCAUUUACAAAAGUUUAUUAGUAUGUGUUUUUAAGAACAAACAAGUAAUACUUCUUACCAUCAACAAGAAAGGACUAAGUCAAUUACAAAAAAGAGAAAAUGCGCAAUGUGUAAGGAAUGCAUAUAUCUUUAGAGAGGUUUUGUUAUAUGAGCCUAAAUGCUCUUUUUUUGUUUUUAUAUGUGAUAUUGAAUUAUUGGAAAUGAAUGACAAUGUUUAUCUCUUUAUUGGGUAUAAUAAUGGGGAUUUGGAAUACUUCUUGUUAUGCUCCAUUAGUGAUGUUUGCAUGAAUAGGAGGAACAGUGGGUUUAGAAGUGAUAAACAUAUGUGUAGCACACAUAGAAGUGGUACAGGUGGACGUGGCUACUGUAAACGUAGUAGCUCACAUGGACGGGGUACACACAGGAGUACCACGCAUGGACAUAGUAAACAUGUUAAUAAUAGUAGCUCUAUAAAUUAUGAGCCGAACCAAGUAACCAUUUGUCCAUUUUAUGAUGAUCAAGCGUCCAAUGCUCAUUGUAACAACAACCACAGCAGCAACAUCAACCACAGCAGCAACAUCAACCACAGCAGCAACAUCAACAACAAUAACAAUAACAAUAACAACAUCAACAACAAUAACAAUAACAAUAGUAGGAAUGACAAUCGCAGUAGUAGUAACACCAAUAAUAUUGAAAGUAAGGAGAGGAGGGGAAAUAAUAUUGUUGAUGAGGGUAAAACCAUCCAUGACAAGAGUAAGUCGCGUUAUGGAGGUAUCAUAACAUAUAGUGAAAAUAGUGUAGGACAAUUAUCAUCAAAAAAAAUUUCAGUUAAAAAUGAAUAUUCCCAGUCAAGUGGUACUCGAACAAAUGCUAAUAUGAACGGAAAGAGAUAUAACAAAUACAACACGAGUAAACAGAUUUGUAGUUAUAAUAAGGCACAAAGAGAGGAUAACAAUAUUUUCAAAUUACAUAAAGAAUUUUUAAAAAAAAAAGAAGCUUCUUUGAAAUAUGUAUACAGUAGUAAAAACCUGAACAGUAAAGAAAAUUACAAGUUUAGCUACAAAAUAAAAGUAACUGAAGAUAUAGAAAAAGAAAGGAAAAUUAAAAAAUGCAAAAGGAAAUUACUAAAAUAUUUAUCGCAAAAUUAUACAAACGUGUUUAAAUAUUUUGAUUUCUAUAAUUCAACAUUUAAAAAUGUGCACCAUUUGCAUAAAGCAUGCGUGAAGAAUACUCAAGAUGAGCUUCUCAUCGAUUCGAGUUCCUUUUAUAACGUCAACGUAACAUCGGAGCUGUUUAGAAGCAUGGAUUGUUUACUGAACAGGAAUGUAAGCGCGGAUCAGCAUUAUUAUAAAAAUGGCACGAAUGGGAGAUUUAGUCAAAUGAGUAGCAGUAAUGGGAUUGCUAACAAUGAUAGUAGUGGUAAUAGUACCGGUAAUAGUAAUGGUAGUAGUAACAAUGAUGGUAAUGGUAACAAUGAUGGUAGUAGUAACAAUGAUGGUAGUAGUAACAGUAAUAAUGGCCGAAGCGAUGACUAUGGCAGUGGUUGCUGCAGUAGAGACCGCUCUGCUUCCGCUAGAACGUUGAAAGGCACCUUAAGGCGUAGUGCUAACAAAUCAGAACAGUUGAGUGAUAACCAUAUUAAGAAGAACGUAAAAUGCAAUAAGCGACUGAAGGAAAUGUGCGCUCAAGAGAAAGGAAGAAACAUACCACAUAUAUCUGCACGUUAUUUAAAGGCAGAAAAAAGAAAGAGGGGGAAAUGCAAAGAAAUGAAAAUUAAUAUUAAAAAGGCUAAUUAUUUUUUUCAAUUUUUCCAAAUUUAUGGAUUAUCCUCUGAUGAAUCAUCAGGUAGCGAUAUUGUUAAUUUUUAUACGUUUAAAAGAUUAAGAACUAAAAAAAAAGAAAAAGAAAAGGAAAAGGAAAAAACGUAUAAAAAGAAAAGCAGAGCAAGUGGCAAUAAGACAAAGAACUUGGGUUUGGAAAAAGAUAUAUUUAAUAAUUAUUAUUCUUCUCUAAAUGUGUCUUCAAGUUCAAAUGUAGACUGCAUUAAUCAUGUUUAUUGUACGCCCAUUCGAACAUAUGGGAAUUACGACGAGAGGUGUGCAAAGGAUUUCCACUUGGCUUCCUUCCUAGAGGAGAAAAAAAAGCAAAAGAAAAGGAAGAAGAAGAAGAAAAAAAAAAUUAAAAUAAAAAUGAAUAACACCAGUAUCAGUAGUAAUAAUAAUAGUGGUGGUAAUAAUAAUAGUGGUGGUAAUAAUAAUAGUGGUGGUAAUAAUAAUAGUGGUGGUAAUAAUAAUAGUGGUGGUAAUAAUAAUAGUGGUGGUAAUAAUAAUAGUGGUGGUAAUAAUAAUAGUGGUGAUAAUAAUAAUAGUGGUAAUAAUAAUAGUGGUGGUAAUAAUAAUGGUGGUAGUAAUAAAAGCAGAGGUAAGAAUAGAAACAGAUGUAAAAAUAAUAGCAGUAGCAAUAAUAAUUGUAGUGGUAAUGACUAUAAUAAUAAUGGAUGUGGUAAUAGUAAUAAUGUUAGUGACAAUGUUUACGCAGAAACUAUGGAGGGACAGAGAAUGGAUGCAAAGAAAAAGAAUAAGGGGAAAAAACCCCAUCCGAAUAACGAUGAUUUUUCAAAAGAAUUAGGAGUAGUUGACUUAGAAAAGGAUGAUAAUCAAAACGACAAUAGUGGUAUGGAUACACAUGCACAAUUUGAAUAUUGUCGAAGCUUUACCAACAAGAGGAAGAGAGAGAGUAGCAAUAUUCAGAAGGACUUAAAUCGUCUGAACAGAUCAGGAAGUUACAAUCGAAAAGAUAGUAUAAGUGAAGAAAUCCUACUUGAAGGAACAAAAAGAUACAGCAGUAGAGGUGACUGCAGUCAUAUCGGUAACCCAAGCAGUAGGCAUUGCAGUAGGCAUUGCAGGAGCCGCUGCAGUAGUCGUAACAGGCUCGGAAGAAUUGAUAAGAAGGGACUGCUCAAUCUCAUAUUCAAAAGAAAGCUAAAAGAACAAUGCGACAAUAUGUACGUGCAAGAAAAUUAUGUGCAUUCUGAUAAGUGCAGCAGUAAGUCGGAUGAUGUGUCCACAAGUGACUCAUCAUAUUUUGAAAAUAUGCAGAAUGUAUUAUUUGAUGAAAAAAUAUAUCUAAAAAGAUAUAUUAUAAAAAGUAAAAAAAUUGCAUUAACAAAUAAGAGAAAAAUAAAUGUAUGUAAAGGGCCUAUUAAAUUUAAAAAGUUCAUAAAAGUAUUCACUGAAAGAAAAAAAAUGGAUAUAAAUAUGAACAAUCAUUCUGUAAAGAAAUAUAAUUUCCUUUUUGUGUGUUGUGAAAAACCAUUGAUCAUAUAUUCAAAUUUAAAAAAAAAAAUAUCAUUAUCUAAAUUGUCUAUUAAAAAUAUAUAUCUAGUUGAUCUUUUUAAUGAUUUUAAUUAUUUAAAUCCAUUUCAUAAUUUUAGUUCAUUUAAAAAAAAAAAUCAAAACAAUUUUUAUUUUAUUUUUUAUGAUGGUCAACGGAUAUAUAUAUCUCACCUAAAUGAUAUUAAAGAAACAUUUUUACAAAAAAUACCAUUCCAUAGAACAGUCGAGAAAAUAGCUUAUCACUCAGAAACUGGUUUACUAAUUACUGCUUGUCCUCUAGAAGAAAAACAUAAAACAAAUAAAAUGAUGAAACAGAUUGUAUGCUUUUUUGAUCCACUUCAAAAUUCAGUCAAAUAUACGUAUAUAAUUCCCUCCAAAUAUAGCGUUUCCAGUAUAUGUAUAUAUGAGGUAAACAAAGAUGUAUAUGCUAAUAAUACCGUCAAUACAUUUAUUUGUGUUGGUACUGCAAACAUUAAUGAAAGAAUUACGGAGCCUUCUUCUGGCCAUAUCUACGUUUUUAUUGCUAAAAAGAAGGUUAACAUUUUUGAAAUCAAGCAUAUAUACACCUACAAUGUUAACUGCGGUGGUAUCACGCACUUGAAGCAGUUCUACGACAAGUUGAUAGCGGCUGUCAACAAUACGGUCAUUGUCCUUGAUAUGAGCAACUUCUUAAUAAACCUGGAAAAAUAUAUGGAUUAUUCGAACAACGCCAUUCUAGAGAAGGACGACGCUAUUUUGGAGGUAGCUUCCUUCACGCCAAGCUCGUGGAUAAUGAGUCUCGACGUUUUGGAAAAUUAUGUCGUAGUUGGAGAUAUCAUGACAUCAGUGACAAUAUUAUCUUACGACUUUAACAACUCUAUUUUGAACGAAGUUUGUAGAGACUAUUCCAACGUUUGGUGCACAUCUGUUUGUGCCUUAUCGAAAAGUCAUUUCUUAGUUUCUGAUAUGGAAUCUAACUUCCUUGUGUUACAAAAGUCGAACAUCAGAUACAACGAUGAAGACUCCUUUAAGCUAUCGAUGGUAUCACAGUUCAAUCACGGGAGUGUUGUUAACAAAAUGUUAUCGGCUUCGUUAACCAACUUAAUUGAAGAAGUGGAAAGUCGAGAUGGGAUUUUGAGAAAAAAUGACAGCAUUCUAUGUGCAUCAAGUGAAGGGUCCAUUUGCGCCCUAAUUCCCUUUUCGAACUUUGCAAAUUUUAAGAGAGCUUUAUGUAUUGAAAUAGCCUUAAAUGAUAACAUAUCAUCUAUUGGAAAUUUAAGUCAUAGUUCUUAUAGAGAAUAUAAAAUCAGUUUUGCUUCAAAAUGUUGUAAAGGUAUUGUGGAUGGAGAGUUGUUUAAAAUGUUUUUUUACAUGCCUUUUGAAAAGCAGUUUAAAACGUACAUUUAUGCGAAAUGGAUUGCUAAAAAAUUGAACUGCAAAUUUGGAACUUUCGAGAAUUUCAUGUUAGACAUAGAAAAUUUGUGCAGCUUUCUAUAA